CGUGACCUGUAAAACAUGGCUGCUUCCAGCUCAGCCAGACAUGUGUGUUAGUAUCAGGACAUCAGAUUUCGGUUAUCCCACAUGAUAUCACUAAAGAGAAUCCUUGCUCUCCUCUACAUGGAAAUUCCUGGAAUCCUGAAUUUCUCCAUUGUAAAGGGCUAAUGUGACCUAUCCUGGACUCUGUGCCCACACCAUGGCGACUCUGAGUGUGUCGUAUCUUAGUGUAUCCUUUCCUUGACUCAUUGUCUCUUCAUUUUGAUCCCUGGAUAAGCAUCUCUUUUUGUGUUGUUCCACAUGUUCUAACACAUUUGAGUUUUUGUCCUGAAUCUUUCCAUCUCAUUGUAAUUGCUCACCAUGACAAGCACAUAUAUCACUUUAGGAAUCCUUUACCUUGUACAAGGCUUCCCUUAUGGUAUUCAGUCUGGUCUCCUUCCAGUUCUCCUGCGGACCCAAGGACUCUCACUUUCUCAGAUAGGUCUCACACGAGUCCUGUAUCUUCCAUGGUUGCUAAAAGUAUUUUGGUCGCCAUUAGUGGAUGGACAUUUGAGCCGUAGGGUGUGGCUGCGGCUCAGUACAGGAGGUCUGUGUAUCUGUUGCCUUUUAUGUUCUUUACUGCCCUCUGGAGCUACCUUUACCCCCCUGGCUUGGCUUCUUUUGCUUAUGCACGUGUUCUCCUCCCUCCAAGAUGUGGCACUAGAUGCUGUGUCUGUGGCAGUCCUGACAAGAGAGCAGGUGGGAGUAGGAAAUUCACUUCAAGUGGUGGCUUAUAAACUGGGCUCCGUGCUGGCCGGAGGUGGGUCCUUAACCCUGCUUGAAGCUCUGGGCUGGAGACCGAUCUUCCUGCUUCUAGCAGCUGCUUACUUUCUGGCUGUGCUUUGUGUUGGUGCCCGAGUCCUUCAGUCAGAAGAGUCAGCAAGACGAGUGGACCUCAAGAAUCCAUACAGUAAAGUGGGCCUGAGAGAAGUGAUCAGAAAGGUGCUGUGGGUCCCAGGGACCAUGUGGACAUGUGGCUAUGUGUUAAUGUAUAAACUGGGUGAGCAGGGGUCACUCAGUAUGGUUCCCCUCUUACUCCUGGACCAAGGGGUCUCAGCAGCUGAGCUUGGGGUAUUCAGCGGGAUCAUCUCGGUUGUGCUGUCCAUAGCUGGAUCUGUAUUUGGAGGGGCACUGCUUACAAAGGACAGGUCUCUACCAUCACUAUUGAGAGCCACGUUAUGCUUGAGAAGUCUUUGCUUAGUGCUUCAGACGAUGCUUCUCAGGGCACUAAGACCAGAUGCCAGACUCCUGCACGUCUGCAUUCUGCUCAGUCUAGUGCUCCAGCAUUUCCUUGCCGGUAUAAUCACCACAGUCACGUUUAGUCUCAUGAUGCACUGCACCCAGCAAGCUGAUAAAUCCAUACAGGCAACUCACUACAGCCUCCUUUCCUCGCUUGAAGUGCUGGGGAAGGUCUGUUUCAGUGCAAUUUCAGGACUCCUGGUUGACUAUCUGGGGGUUUCCGUGUCCUUCUCAUUGUUCAUUGUUUUCUCCUGUCUGCCAGUUCUACACCUACAGAGCACCCCGCCAACCCUCAAAUAACAAAGGUUUAUAUUUUCAAGCAGAACUAGUUUGUGUGCCUGUGUUC